CAAGACAGUUCCAGUUCAAGACAAUAAAAGUUGAGCGGCGAGGUUGAUUAACAAAAUGAUUGUGUGAACAAAAUAACUGAAAAUUAUAAUUGUCAAAAGUUUUCUUGGUUUAUUUAGAAUCAGCUGAGAAAGAUGGGUGUUGAUAAGACUGCACCUCCUGCAUCAGAAGGAAACGCUCCUUCUAAAAAGGCUCUGAAGAAAUCAUUGAAGGAAGCUGAGAAAGCAGCUAAGAAAGCAGAAAGAAAUGCAAAAGUUGUGGAAGAGGAAGGCAUUCAUGUGGAGGAGGACGUUUCUACCGGGCGAUAUGGACUCCUGAAGAUGAUCCAGAGUUCAGAGCCCCAUGACGAAAGAAAAUAUGUGGAUGUUAAAGAACUGACCAAGGACGGUGUAAACCAACUUGUCUGGUUACGAGGUCGUUUGCACACGAGUAGAGCCAAAGGAAAGCAAUGCUUCAUAGUAAUCAGACAACAGUCCUACACCGUCCAAGGUCUCGCAGCAGUCAAUGAGAAGAUCAGCAAGCAGAUGAUUAAGUUUAUAUCCAACAUCACCAAGGAGUCGAUCGUCGACGUGGAAGCAAAUGUGAAGCCUGUUCCAUCAAUAAUCGAAUCAUGCACCCAGAAAGACGUGGAAGUCCACAUAGAGCAGAUUUUUGUAGUCAGUGCCGCAGAACCUCAAUUGCCGCUCCAGAUCGAAGACGCUGCCAGACCUGAAGCGGAUGACAGUGGAUUGAACAUCAAGGUCAAUCAGGACACGAGACUGGACAAUCGAGUCCUGGAUCUCCGAACACCAGCGAAUCAGGCGAUUUACAGAGUCGAGGCUGGAGUCUGUAAACUCUUUAGAGACAUCCUCACGAGAAAGGGUUUCGUGGAAAUCCACACUCCGAAGAUGAUAUCAGCAGCGAGUGAAGGUGGCGCCAAUGUCUUCACCGUUUCUUACUUCAAAGGCUCUGCAUAUUUGGCCCAGUCUCCGCAACUAUACAAGCAAAUGGCCAUUGCUGCCGACUUUGACAAAGUCUUCACAGUCGGCGCAGUUUUCAGAGCCGAGGAUUCCAACACGCACAGACACUUGACAGAGUUCGUGGGUUUGGAUUUGGAAAUGGCUUUCAAGCAUCACUAUCACGAGGUGGUGGACGUCAUUGGUCAUAUGUUCACUGAACUCUUCCGAGGACUGCGUGACAAUUACGCUGAUGAAAUCGCUGCCGUAAAUCAACAAUAUGCAGUGGAACCUUUCAAGUUUUUGGAUCCUCCUUUGAAACUGAAGUUCCCCGAUGCUAUUAAACUCCUUGCAGAGGCUGGAGUCACUUUAGGAGAAGAGGACGAUUUGUCGACACCGGACGAAAAACUCCUGGGCAAGAUCGUCAAAGCAAAAUACGACACCGACUUCUACAUUCUCGACAAGUAUCCACUUGCUGUGAGGCCUUUCUAUACGAUGCCUGAUCCUAGCGACCCCAAAGCCUCCAACUCUUACGAUAUGUUUAUGCGGGGAGAGGAAAUUAUUUCGGGAGCUCAGCGAAUCCACGAUCCGAAGUUUUUGACUGAAAGAGCCAAGCAUCACGGAAUAGAUAUUGAAAAAAUAAAGGCCUAUAUCGAUGCUUUCCGGUACGGAUGUCCACCACACGCUGGAGGUGGAAUCGGUAUGGAACGAGUCGUGAUGUUAUAUCUUGGACUUGACAACAUCAGAAAAGUUUCAAUGUUCCCACGUGACCCAAAACGCCUCACGCCUUGAAUUGGCAAUAGACUGUUUUCUAUUUUCACUCAUUUUUAUUCUCAAUAAAGUCUAUUAAGUUCUGAU